AGCCCCUCACUAGUCACGCUCCCCUCCCCGCCCCGCCUGCCGUGCGGGAAUAAGCGAAGGGAAGAUUCGCCCCCGACGCGACGCCCCGACCCCGAUUCCAUUCCAUUCCCCACUCUAGCCUCCGUGUCCUCUCCUCUUCAUCUUCCUCUUCCUCCCCCCCCCCCCCCCCCCCCCCCCCCGGCGACGGCGAGCGGGAGCACCGGUCGACCCAGCGCGGCGCGGGAGGCCGGGAUGGACCCGACGCCGCCGCGCUCGGGGCGCCGCCGCCGACGCCGCGAGUACCUGCUCGCGCUCGAGGAGGAGCGGCGCAAGAUCCAGGUCUUCCAGCGGGAGCUGCCCCUCUGCCUCGAGCUCGUCACGCAGACUAUUGAGGGGAUGAGGAGCCAGGUGGACGGCGGCAGCGAGGAGACGGUCAGCGACCACGGCCCCGUGCUCGAGGAGCUCAUGCCGCUCAAGCCCAGCCUCUCCCUCUCCAUCUCCUCCGAGGAGCACGAGAGCGGCGCCGGUGCCGGGAAGAGGGAGGAGGCCGCCGAGACGCCGCCGCCGGAGGCCACGAAGCAGCAGGCCACGCCGGACUGGCUCCGGUCCGUGCAGCUCUGGAGCCAGGAGCCCCAGCAGCGGCCGUCACCCCCUCCGUCCCCGCAGCAGCCGCUGUGCAAGCCGGUGGCGCUGAGCGCCCGGAAGGCCGGCGGCGCGUUCCAGCCGUUCGAGAAGCAGAAGAAGCGCGCCGAGGCGCCGGCCUCGUCGGCGACCACGGCGGCGGCGGUCGUCGGGGACAGCAGCGACGGCGCGCCCGCCGACACGGACGCGGCGGGGAGGCGGCCGCGCAGCGCCGACAAGGAGACGAGCGGAGACGCCGAGGACAAGGGGAGCGAUAGGAAGGACGGCAAGGGCGGCGGCGAAGAGGGCCAGUCGCAGGCGCAGGCGCCCGCCCGGAAGCCGCGCCGGUGCUGGGCGCCGGAGCUCCACCGCCGGUUCCUGCAGGCGCUCCAGCAGCUCGGCGGAUCCCACGUGGCGACGCCGAAGCAGAUCCGGGAGCUCAUGAAGGUCGACGGCCUCACCAACGACGAGGUCAAGAGCCAUCUGCAGAAGUAUCGGCUGCACACGAGGCGGCCGAACGCGGCGGCGACGGUCCAGAGCACCGGCACCAGCACCGCGCCGGCGCCGCCCGUGCCGCAGUUCAUCGUGGUGGGAGGCAUCUGGGUGCCGCCGCCGCCGGAGUACGCCGCGGCGGCGGCACAGCCAGCCGGCGGCAACGCGCCAGGAACGACGACGACGACCGCCGCCGGCACGGUGUACGCUCCGGUGGCGACGCUGCCGUCCGGAGUGCAGCGGCCGCGGCAGGGCCCGCCGAGGCAGUCGAGCGGGUGCUCCGACGGCCGGCGCAGCGGCGACGCCAGCUCGGGCUCGCCGGCCGUGUCGUCGUCGUCGCACACCACCUCCGCCUGAUCAGCACGCCUCGCCGCCACCUUCCCCUCCUUGAUCCUAGUAGGUGACUAGGUGUAGAUCGAUCCGACGGUACAUGCUAGACUAUAGAGUGAGAGAGAGACGUAGUAAAUCUGAGAGUGCUUUGAUUUCAUGGUGCUAGCCUAGCUUGCUGCGGCUGCUUAGCUCGGAUCGCGAUCCAUUCUGGCCGGCCGCACAUCUAGGUUUAAUUGUCUGGUGUUCUAGCCAUGUUGUUCUGAUGCGAGGAUAACACUGUUUGGAGCUUCGGAUCAGGCCGUGUUUAGUUCGCUCAAAGUUCCAAAAAAGAUUCCAUCGCUACAGUAAUUCACUACUGGAAACUUUCA